UUAGUCCUGAUGUCAUAGUCCUGCCUCUUGAUGGGAGAUCAGCAGUCACAGGGCUGGGUGCUGUAUACACUGGGAAUGGCUCGGACCUCCUGCUAGGAUCUAGCCCGAUCUGUCACAUACACAGUACAGGAAAGGAUCCCAUCUCGGCCAGCAAACAUGUCUGAUGAUUUCGGCUUCUUCUCCUCCUCGGAGAGUGCCGGGGCCCCAGCAGAGACAGAAGAAGACCCAGCUGCCGCUUUCCUGGCCCAACAAGAGAGCGAGAUCGCCGGCAUUGAGAACGACGAGGGCUUCGGAGCCGUGCUGGUGACCAGCCAAGCCUCCUCCAUAGAGCAGUCCGACCUGGGUGGAUAUGAUGACCUAGUAACUACUCCAGUGAACGGAGAUUUUCAUCAGGAUUCUUCAGCAUACAAUGAUGGAUAUGCAGCUAUAGCACAGGCUGACCGCCUCACUCAGGAGCCAGAAAGUCUCCGCAAAUGGAGAGAAGAGCAGAAGGAGCGCUUGGAGGAGCUGGAUGCGGCUGCCAAGGUGACGGAACAGGAAUGGAGAGAGAAAGCCAAGAAAGAUCUGGAGGAGUGGUACCAGAGACAGAGCGAACAGAUAGAGAAGAAUAAGAUUACAAACAGGAUUGCGGACAAAGCAUUUUACCACCAGCCUAAUGCUGAGGUCAUUGGCUACGUAGCAUCAGAUGAGGUUCUCGUCUCUGAGACCAAGGAUGAGGAGACCGGCACUGAAUGGGAACGCGUUGCCCGACUUUGCGAUUUCAACCCCAAGAGCAGCAAGCAGUCAAAAGAUGUGUCCCGCAUGAGAUCCGUGCUCAUCUCCAUGAAACAGGCACCUCUGUCUCGCUAACUUUUCCUGUCCAACCUCACUUCACCUCCCUGCUUCACAUUAUACCAAAGAAUCCAUCCACACUGGUCGGAGGCCCAUGCAUUUAUGUUAUAAACAUGACCAAGGCACCAAUCCCGCAUUGUCCCCUCAUUAAUACACCUAUUAAUGAACUCAAACUACAACUCUCAGUACAGCGUCACCACUUCGACUUUGAGUUGUGAUUUGAUAAUUUUAAGAAUGCUGACUGUUGUUACAGAAGCAUGUGGUGGGUAGAUGAGAAGCUUAUGAGAUGUUUUAUUUUUCUGUGUGCCUGUCUUUUUAGAAUGCUUGCUUGUAUAUUGGUCAUAAACUGUUUAAGAAAAGUAAAGCUUGUGAGACAAGGUGCAAAGUACUGUAAAUCCCCUCUAAAUAGGGUACAAAAGCUAUUCACAGAGGCAUUAUGACAAAAGUCUUGAUAGAAAUAUGUUGGCGAACAUCAAAUAAAUUCAUUCUUUAACAAAA